AUGGCUGAAAACAAGGGAGUCGCCCCCGAUGAGCGCACCGUCAUCGGCCUGUCGUUUGGCAACUCGUACAGUUCCAUCGCCUGCACCGUCGACGAUGCCGCCGUCGUCAUUGCCAACGAGGACGGCGACCGCCAGAUCCCCACCAUCCUGUCCUACGUCGACGGCGAGGAGUACACCGGUGGCCAGGCCAAGGCCUUCCUGAUCCGGAACCCCAAGAACACCGUCGUCUCCUUCAGAGAUUUCCUCGGCCAAGACUUCAAGUCCAUUGACCCCACGCACUGCCACGCUGCUGCCCACGCCCAGGACGUCGAUGGCGGUGUCUCCUUCACCAUCCAGGACAAGGCUGAGGGCGAGCCCUCGACCGUCUCGGUAUCCGAAAUCUCGACCCGGUACAUCCGCCGUCUUGUGCAGUCGGCUUCCGACUACAUCGGAAAGAAGGUCACCUCGGCCGUCUUGACCGUGCCCACCAACUUCAACGACAAGCAGAAGGACGCCCUCGUCAAGGCCGCCCGCGAUGCCGACCUCGAGGUCCUCCAGCUGGUCAACGAGCCCGUUGCCGCCGUCCUGGCCUAUGAUGCCCGCCCGGAAGCCAAGGUCGAGGACAAGACCAUCGUCGUCGCUGACCUCGGCGGCACCCGCUCAGACGUCGCCGUCGUCGCCUCGAGGGGAGGUCUCUACACCAUCCUCGCCACCGCCCACGACUACGAGUUCGCCGGUGCCCACCUCGACAAGGUCCUGAUGGACCACUUUGCCAAGGAGUUCAUGAAGAAGAACAAGGACGUCGACCCCCGCGAGAACGCCCGAAGCUUGGCCAAGCUCAAGGCCGAGUCCGAGGCUGCCAAGAAGGCCCUGAGCAUUGGCACCAACGCCUCCUUCAGCGUCGAGAGCUUGGCUGAGGGCAUCGACUUCCAGUCCACCGUCAACCGGUUAAGAUACGAGAUGAUCGCCCGCAAGGUGUUUGAGGGCAUCAACCGACUGGUCGAGGGCGUUGUCAAGCAGGCCGGCUUGGACGUACUGGACAUCGACGAGGUUAUCAUGACCGGCGGUACCUCGCACACCCCCAGGAUCGCUGCCAACUUCCGCUCCAUCUUCCCCGAGACCACCGUCGUCCAGGCGCCUUCCACCAGCUCCACCUCCAUCAACCCCUCGGAGCUCCUGUCCAGAGGUGCCGCCCUCCAGGCCUCGCUCAUCCAGGAGUACGAGACCGAAGACAUUGACCAGUCCACCCACGCUGCCGUCACCACCGUGCCCCACGUCACCAACGCCAUCGGCGUCAUCACCCUGAGCGAAGCCGGAGAGGAGGCUUUCACCCCCAUCAUCGCACCCGAGACUGCCCUGCCCGCCCGCCGGACAGUACACGUCGAGGCGCCCAAGGAGGGCGGCGAUGUCCUGAUCAAGGUCGUCGAGGGCAACACACACAUCAAGGUCACCAAGCCGGAGCCCAAGCCCAAGGAGAACGGCGCCAAGGACGAGGAUGAGGACGACAGCGACUUUGACAGCGAGGAGGACGAGGAGGAGGAGCACAGGGAGAAGAUCUGGAAGAUCGGCACCGCCCUCGCCGAGGCCUCUGUGCGCGGAACGAAGAAGGGCAGCAAGGUCGAGGUCACGGUCCAGGUCGCCGCCGACCUGGCCGUCACCAUCACCACCAGGGAAGUCGGCGGCAAGGGUGGUGUCAGAGGAAACCUGAAGGCGCCGUAA